UUGUCGCCGGGUCGUCAGUGCCACCGAGUCCGGAGUUUUAUGAUAAAAGUUUCGAAGCAUUUUGCUUGAUGGCGGACUACAAAAAAUCUCUGAGCCUCGAAAAUGUUCUGCUAGAAUUGCUCUUGAAUUCUCUGCACUCCGAGGCAACUGCCAUAGCUGUGAGAAUUGACAAGCAUGAAAAAAAAAUGACGGUGAUCGACAAUGGUUGUGGAAUUCCAAAAAACGAUUUGAUUCUUCUCGCUGAGGGUAGAACGAAACACGAAAAUUCUCCGAGCUCCAAGACGAGCGAGGGAAAAUAUUUCCGUUCUGGAAAGAGCUUGAUUCAAAUUCGUAACGUUUCCUUUGUUCUCGUGAUCAUGUCGAAAAAACGGGAUUCUCCGGAUACGUAUGGAAAGUUUUUCAAACAGGCUCGAGAUCCCGAACUCAGAAAAUUGGAAAAUCGACCAUCUUGUGGAACAACCGUUACGGUUUAUCCGUCAACCGAAUUUUUUCAAUGGAACGAUGACAUCGACGUCUCUCGAAUUCGCUACGUUAUCGGUUAUCUUGCCCUCGUAAAUACGCAGGUAUCAUUUUCUGUUCGCGAAGACAAAAGCCAGAGCAUUAUUCUAAGAAUCGGAAAAAAUCAAAAAAGGAGAAAAUUGUUGAGUAUCCUGUGCGAGCGUUCACUGACAAACGGUCAAGUGAAACGUGUCAAGGCGACGAUUUCUCGUCGUAUCAACAUCGAAAUAUAUUGGGGAGUAGAGUGUACUUCGAAAAAGAUUCACCAAAUUUUUUUGAAUCUGCGGGCCGUGAACUGUCCUGCUUUGCAAGAACGCUUGAUAAAAAUCGUCGCGAGUACGUGGCCCGGAAAAUUUGAUAAUGUUCGUACGGAAAAAAUAUUUUUUUUACUCUACAUUUACUCACCGGAGACAGAGUACGAAUUGACAUCGAAAAGGGACGAAUCAGUCGUGAAGUUUCAUGAAAUGCCUACAAUGGUACGUGCCGUUGAACACUUUUUUGCUGAACGUGAACUCGCCGAGAAAGACUGGAGUCACGGAGCCCCCAGUUCUUCACUGAGCCUCCGCCCCAUUGGUCGAAUCAGCAGGCUCGGAAAAAAACGAUCGUUCUUCACGAGUUUGCCUAGAAAGUAUUUCCCCUACAAACGUAACGGCAGGAAAAUACACUUGAACAAGUUUUUAUGGAAAGAAUGCGUAUCCAAAUUCAUAAAGGAACAGAAUUUCGAGGUCACGCAAAUCGUUUCCGAGAGAAAAAACGCCAACAAAGUCGGCGUUUUCGAUUCACGGACGAGUCAUGCGAGCCCAGAAUCGAAUGUGUCAGAAAAAAUGGAGUCGAGGACGAGCCAGUUGUCACUUGCAAAAACGAAAAUAAAACUGAAAGAAUCGACUCCGACUUUCGACGUUUUUAAUGGAGAAAAUAUUUCCUUUACACCGAAUCAUAAUUCUGAAAAUUUUCGUACGAAGUAUUCAGAAAAAGAAAAACCCGAAAAUCAAUUGGUUCGGCGACAAGAAAGCGAAUGUUUGCCAAUCUCACAAAAUAAAAAUCGUCCACUAAACUUCACAGUUCUGAACAAAAGUUAUGAAAACCACGAUAUUUCGUGGAUAAGCCAAAGAUGCGCUGAAAAAUCACAAAAAAUUUCAAAAACGAGCCAAACGGAAGUCGAAAAAACGCCUGACAUGACACUGGCAGAUCUUGACAUCGAUGAUCUUUCUACUUGGAGCAAUUGGACUUACCAUUCGUUAAGGAAAGCGGAGGGAUCAACGUCGGGCAAAUUAAUAAUACAGAAACGAUUCAAUUUUUUGCCCGUUCACUUACACGCUCUCCUCCCACACGGAAAAAUCAAAUUGACCGACAGCAGAGAUCCCAUUGGUAGCUUCCAAAUUCCACGUCAUUUUCAUGUCAAUCUUCGCCGGCAGGGUCGCGAAGUACGAGCUUGUACGAAACGUGCCUUCGAGUUCAGGCUCAAGUUACAAUCGUUGAAAUCGAUGGAGGUUUUGAGUCAAGUGAAUCGAGAAUUUAUCGUAGCAUUAACGGAACAGGAUGACAAAAAAUUGCUCGUAAUAAUCGAUCAACACGCGAUGCACGAGAGGAUUCGUUACGAAAAUCUUUUGAAAGCGUACAAAGAGAACUCGAGAAACGAGCAAUUCAUAUCGAACGUUUUGCGACGUCCCAUAAUAAUUUCUGACUUUUCACCAAGAGACUGCGAGUUGCUGUCGAUGAGUCGGAACCUUUUGACGCGAUUCGGUCUGAACUUAUCGAAACGAGGCGAAGAAACGUUGUCGAUUCACGCAGUACCUCGGUGUUUCUCGAAAAGAUCGUUCGGUUGUGACAACACGAGGCUCGAAAUUUCUGUGAGAAAGUUACUACGAGAAGUGGUCGAAGAUCUUGUCACCGGUGGGUCGAAGCUUUUGCCUUCCACGAUUCGCGAGGCCAUCGCGAGCGAAGCCUGUCACGGUUCGAUCAAAUUCGGCGAUCCUCUAACACCGGAGCAAUGCAACGUUCUUGUCUCAUGCUGGAAAGAUACGGAUGCGCCGAAUCGUUGCGCUCACGGCCGACCUUCCGUAAUUCCUUUGCUGGAACUUGCGACGAACGAAAACAACAUAAAUGGCUUUGAUUUCAAGUGUCACAGCUACACAAAUUUGACUCUGACAAGAGAUUAG